AAUUUUAAAACCAAAAUGAGAAGUACGGUGUCAGUGCGUGAAGGCCAGGGAGUCGUUCUGCUCUGCGGUCCCCCGCCUCACUCUGGAGAACUGUCAUAUGCUUGGAUCUUCAAUGAAUACCCAUCGUUUGUUGAAGAAGAUAGUCGGAGAUUUGUUUCCCAGGAGACAGGGCACCUCUACAUAGCCAAAGUGGAGCCAUCUGAUGUGGGAAAUUACACGUGUGUGGUCAUGAGUAUGGUGACAAACGCUAGAGUUCUGGGGUCGCCAACGCCUUUGGUGCUACGUUCUGAUGGUGUGAUGGGUGAAUACGAACCCAAAAUAGAAAUUCAGUUCCCAGAAACUCUUCCAGCAGCUAAAGGUUCAACUGUAAAAUUGGAAUGUUUUGCCCUUGGAAAUCCCGUACCUCAGAUUAACUGGAGAAGAAGUGACGGACUGCCAUUUUCCAGUAAAAUUAAAUUGAGAAAGUUCAAUGGUAUGCUUGAAAUCCCCAAUUUCCAACAGGAAGACUCAGGUUCAUAUGAAUGCAUUGCUGAGAAUUCACGAGGGAAAAAUGUCGCCAGAGGGCGUCUGACUUACUAUGCAAAGCCUCACUGGGUUCAGACCAUAAAGGAUGUGGAAAUAGCUGUGGAGGAUAAUCUUUAUUGGGAAUGUCGGGCAAGUGGUAAACCCAAACCCUCCUACAGAUGGUUGAAAAAUGGAGAUGCUCUGGUGCUAGAGGAGAGAAUACAGAUAGAAAACGGUGCCCUUACAAUAUCAAACCUAAAUGUAACUGAUUCUGGCAUGUUCCAGUGCAUAGCAGAAAACAAACAUGGCCUUGUCUAUUCCAGUGCUGAACUCAAGGUUGUUGCUUCUGCUCCAGAUUUUUCAAAGAAUCCAAUGAAAAAGUUGGUUCAAGUGCAGGUGGGCAGCCUGGUCAUCUUGGAGUGUAAACCCAGAGCCUCCCCCAGCGCACUUUCUUUCUGGAAGAAGGGAGAUGGGAUAGUGCAGGAAAACGAAAGAAUUUCUUUUUUAAAGGAUGGAGGCCUCAAAAUAGCCAACGUGACUAAAGCUGAUGUUGGAACUUAUACCUGCAUAGCAGAAAACCAGUUUGGGAAAGCAAAUGACACAACACGUUUGGUUGUUACAGAACCAACAAGAAUAAUUUUGGCACCUUCAAACAUGGAUGUCUCGGUUGGUGAGAGCGUCAUUUUGCCUUGCCAGGUGCAACAUGACCCCCUGUUAGACAUCAUGUUUACCUGGUAUUUCAAUGGGGCCCUCACAGAUUUUAAGAAAGAAGGAUCUCACUUUGAGAAAGUUGGUGGGCAGGAUUCAUCUGGCGAUUUAAUGAUCAGAAACAUUCAGCUGAAGCACAGUGGAAAAUACGUUUGUAUGGUACGAACAGGCGUGGACAGUGUUUCCUCUGCGGCGGACCUCAUAGUAAGAGGUUUACCUGGACCACCAGCAAAUGUGAAGGUAGUUGAAAUUACAGAUACAACAGCCCAACUCUCUUGGAGAGAAGGUACAGACAACCACAGCCCAGUUAUAUCCUAUUCAGUCCAGGCCAGGACACCCUUCUCCGUGGGCUGGCAAACCGUCACGACAGUGCCUGAGGUCAUCGAUGGGAAAACACACACAGCCACUGUUGUCGAGUUAAACCCGUGGGUGGAAUAUGAGUUUCGGGUUGUAGCCAGUAACAAAAUCGGAGGUGGAGAACCCAGUUUACCCUCAGAAAAAGUAAGAACCGAAGAGGCAGUUCCAGAAGUGCCUCCUUCAGAAGUCAGUGGAGGAGGCGGAAGCCGGUCUGAACUCGUGAUAACCUGGGAUCCAGUCCCUGAAGAACUGCAGAAUGGUGAAGGUUUUGGGUAUGUUGUUGCUUUCCGCCCCUACGGGGUGACCAAUUGGAUUCAAACAGUGGUGACAUACCCUGAUACUUCAAGAUAUGUCUUUCGAAAUGAAAGUAUCAUGCCAUUUUCACGCUAUGAAGUUAAAGUGGGUGUUUAUAAUAACAAAGGCGAAGGACCAUUUAGCCCAGUAACAGCAAUAUUCUCUGCAGAAGAAGAGCCUACCAUAGCUCCAUUUCAAGUUUCUGCAAAUAGUUUAUCUUCCUCAGAAAUUGAAGUUUCAUGGAAUGCCAUUCCUUGGAAGUUGAGUAAUGGACAUUUACUUGGCUAUGAGGUGCGGUACUGGAGUAACAAUGGAGGAGAAGAAGAAUCAUCAAGCAAAGUGAAAGUGUCAGGAAAUGAGACAUCAGCCAUGCUCCGCGACCUGAAGAGCAACCUGGCCUAUUACCUGGCUGUCCGGGCUUAUAAUAGCGCUGGUACCGGUCCCUUUAGCGCCACAGUUAAUGCAACAACCAAGAAAACUCCUCCCAGUCAGCCACCGGGAAAUGUUGUUUGGAAUGCUACAGACAAUAAAGUGUUACUUAAUUGGGAGCAAGUGAAAGCAAUGGAGAAUGAAUCAGAAGUAACAGGAUAUAAAGUUUUCUACAGGACUAGCAGUCAACAUAAUGUCCAAGUGCUGAGCACAAAUAAAACUUCAGCUGAACUUUUGCUGCCUAUGAAAGAGGACUACAUUAUUGAAAUUAAGGCCAUGACAGAUGGAGGGGAUGGGACCAGUAGUGAACAGAUCAGAAUUCCCAGAAUAACCAGUAAGUUGGAUGAAGUCAUCAUUUCUAUAUUGACAACAUCAGUGUUAUGGACACUAUCUGUGAGUCAAUCAGUGCUCCUUCAUCCCUUCUUUUUUCCCACCAUUCCUUACAUCUAGAUGCUGAGAAG